AUGGAUUUCGUGCUGGUCCAAACUGGGACAGGCUCCGAGGUAGCGCCUCCUGUGCUCGCAGGAGGCGCCGUUGCGACGGAAACCCGGCAACAACAGAGGCCACCCCCAAGGGAUGCGACGCAAACUCACGAGAGACGCCCCUUUGGGGGGACAGGUGACAACCACGCCAGGAUAAUGCAAGAACUACGCCACAGAAUGCAGGACUUAGAGCGCAGGCUAGCAGAGAGAGAGCGCGACCAACGCUCCCCAGAGCGGAGCCCCACCCGUUCCCGUUCAAGGAGCCGCUCGAGGCGCACGCCCAGCCCCCAAUACGAGUCGGAGAGCACUGGGGGGCGGGUACGCCCCAGAAGAAGAAGUCGGGACCCCAUCAUCUACGCCCGACACGAAAGGCGGCGUGCGUCGAACAGGGGCGACGAGGAGGCGCGCCGCGAGAACGACGAGUCGAGAAAAACUGCUCGAGGACCCGUCAUAAUAUGA